UUGUGUCAUUUGUCAAGUUGUCGUGCGUGGUUGUUUUGCAUUUUUUAUGCAAAACUUAAUAGUUUUUCAAUGGUUCCUACUCGAUAAAUCAAAAGUUAUAAAAAAUCAUUAACAGUGGUACUUAUUCAGUGGCAUACAUUAAAAAGUGAUUCAAUGAAGGCUCUUUGAAGUGGCGGGUGACAUAAUUGUCUCCGUAGUAUUGCGUAUCAUGUAACCUUAGUGGUUUAUUUUGUGGCUUGCUGUAUCUAUUUUCGACUCAAGAAACUUCCUGAACAUGGUAAAAUGAUCUGAAAUCAAGAUGAGCUGGUUAAGGACAACAUCCUUGUCGUUCGCGCGGCAGCUGUCCAGGACGUUGGACCCUCGACAUGACUAUGAACCAAAUGCAUGCUACAACUCAUUCUGCAAACAUUGGCAGCAGGCUAAUGAUAUCAUAAUUAAGUCUCAGCCGCAACAUCUUCACGACGAUGUUUUGGGUGUGGUGAACCACCUGGAACAGUUGACGACAUUACUGGUGUUGGAGGCGAGAGCACGACAGUUCUCACCAAACACACAUCCCGCAGCGUGCCUUGAGUAUCUGCUCAGUGAGAACUUGCUUGAUAAACUAUAUGAAUGGGCAAUAUGUACUGGCAAGUACGAAAACGCAGUGCGUCUAGAACAACUCAAGCUGUUCGGGAAUCUUGUCAGUCAUUAUGGUUCUCAGGUAAUAGCCGCGGAGCCCUUCCUUCGACCGCUUCUCAAACUUUUGAGCGGAUUUAGAAAUGAUCUUCCACCGAAAAAUCUUGAAAGUCAGUUGGUGUCAGUUCUCAAUCAACUAUGUGUUGUUUUGAUGCAGAAUAUGAAAUUUAUAGAUCUGUUCUUUCUUAUGACUCAUACACAGAACGGAUCUCAAGCCGAGUUUAUAAUAGGACGACUUCUUCUAUCUACCGUACACCGGGAAGGAGCGACAGGGUCCGCAUCACGAGAUGCCCUACUUCUUUGUGCCAAAAUGUCUGCCCGCUGCCCGCCUCUGGCGCAUUGCAUGCUCGCGGGCAACACGUGCCCAGUGCUCGCUACAGGACUGAGCGGCCUGUACUCGCUGCUGCCGAGAACUCUCAGUGACAAGAUCGACCGCCUCACACCCGACGACCUCAAGCAGAUGCACAAACUGACGCUCUUCAUAGAUUCUCUAGAGUUCUGCAACGCUGUGGCUGAAGUCGCACAUCCAUCUAUCAAGAAGGAACUCCUGGACCUUCUUCAUCAGGGCUUCCUGGUGCCGGUGAUGGGGCCGGCGCUGCUACAGACGAGAGCGGGCGACUUGCAGAACGGUGCGGGCGAGCGCGCGGCCGCGCUGGCGUACCUCGAGCUGGCGCUGCGCAGCGCUACUCCUGGCGGACUGCUGCGGGCAGUGCUGCGCUUCCUCUUCGCAUACCAGUAUGAUGGCGUCACCCUCAUAGAUGUACUGCUCACAAGACUGGAGGGGAAUUCACAACUGUCACUCAUCACGCUAUCAUUAAUAGAAACAUUAAUCGAUUUAAACUGUGAAGAUGUGACAUUAGAACUAAUAUACAAGUAUCUUCUAAACGGCCAUCAUCUUAUAGCAACGUAUAAACAUAGAAUUGCCGAUCCCACACUUUAUAUGGACGCAGCUUUAGCAUUCUUAGAUCUUACUCCCGAAUGCUGUACGAGACCACUGGAGAAGACCAGGGCAUGGGUGAACGAGCUUGCGUUGUCCGGUAAAAGGGUUUUGGACUUUAGAAAAGAUGAUGAGGAUCGAAGAAUCAAUGGAGUUCAUGGUGAUAUAGCAAUGAAUAGUCUAGUUAAAGAAGUUAAUUUCGAUUAUGGGAAUCCACACGAAACUCUGUACGGUAACUAUCACGCUUACCUCUGCCACGCUCGUUUCGAAAUCGUAUCGCGAACUAUCGCUUGCACGAAUUGGAGCUCGAAGUACGAUACAAUAUCUUCACCUAAGCGCGAAACGAAUAACAACUCCACUAAAGAUCUGAAAGAGAUAGACGGACAUACUGCUGGGAAGGAGCAAGACAGCCUUAUUUCUAUCUGCACCAGUGGAUAUGAUACAUUAAAGACCAGCGGAACACCAGAUAAAGAGCCUCAUAGUCUGACAUCGCUUUUAGAAGAGACUGAAAGUCCGAAGAACGUCACAGAGUCAAAUGACCAUCAAAGUCCUCCUGAUCAAAAUACCGAGAGCAAAGACCGUGAUAGUCUAACGUCCAAUGGAGAGAGUAGUGGAUAUGAUAGCUUUAAGUUUAGAGUAGAAGAAGAUGGAGAAGCUUUUGCCGAGGACUCGUUCAGGAAGAGUUUCAGCAAAGAACGGAACGGAAGGGAAUAUGAUUCUGAUGCUGCUUCUUUUAGGUGCUGGCGGGCCAGUGCCGAAAGUAUAAUCGGCCCACUCUUAAGCAGUCUUCUGCGGAAAGCGGCCGCUCUACUGGAGUCAGAGGUGACGGUGAACUGUCGCGUCACCAGCGUACUGUCCAAACUGGUGUCACUGCCCACUCCACUGCUGAGCUCACUGCUCGUCUGUCCCGGGUACAUGCUGCAGCCCAAUGUACCCUCUUUAUACCAGAUUCUUCACAAAUUGAAAGAGGAGGUGGACGAGUUAACGCGCGGGCUGGAGAACAGGGACCAGCUGGUGGACAAGGCUCGUGUCUAUCUCGUGCAGCGUGAGAUGACGCUGGUGCGCUCCAGGGUACAUAGCAAUGAUGACAAUACAACGCGUGGUGUAGAGACUGGCGUAACCAGACAAGAUGAAUCUCCGUUCAAACGUGUAGAGGCAAAGCGACGUAGUCUAUCAUCUAGUUUCUCUAACAUGUUUGGAAGACGACAAUCAUCUUCUCCAAUGCAGAAUACACAAAGUUUACAAAAUAAUCACCAACACACAAUUAUACAUAAACGACUCAUCUUCACUCAAGACGACUACUGGAACCAAUCCAUUACAUUACGCUCCAUAUUAAACGCUGUUAUAUUAGAAGAGUGGUCCAAAGAAUUGGCUUCACUCUGCGAGGAGCAUGCUCUUAGACUAUGUUCGGAGUAUUACGAAGAUAAUUCAUAUAUAAGAACUGUGGCUUUAUGACUGAGAGCCAACGCCUCUUCAGGCAUACAAGUAAUACAGCGCUCGCACGAUACUAGAGUGUAAAGGACUUUAUGUGCUAUAGUGUUAACAUAUGAAUCUGUGUCAUAACACGUGUGUUACAAAAAUAUUGCCAUCCCUUUCAAUCUUUUUUAAAAAUAAAGUGAUGUAAACGACU